AAAAAAGAAAGAAAGGAAAAAAAGCUUUCAAGUAAUUUUAUUACAACAAUCGAAAAUUUUAAAGAAAAUUUGAAAGGAAUUUAAAGAAAUCAUGAGACUGUUGGUGCUUGUUACUAUUUUAAUGCUGAUAAAUUUAUCAGUUGGAUUUCGUGGAAAUUCUAAUCGUGGCAGCUCAUCAAUAAGCAGCAGUCAAUCAAAUCAAUUAAAUAUCGGGUUGAUAGCGCCACAUACCAAUUUUGGCAAACGUGAAUAUUUGCGUGCGAUAAACUCAGCUGUUACCGGAUUAUCAAAAGCACGUGGUCAGAAGUUAACAUUUCUCAAAGACUAUGAAUUUAAUCCAAGCAACAUUCAUUUCGAAGCACUGACAUUGAAUCCUAGUCCGACAGCUAUUCUGAAUAUUUUAUGUAAACAAUUCUUGCAUGCCAAUGUGUCAGCGAUUCUUUACAUGAUGAAUUAUGAGCAGUAUGGCAGAUCAACAGCAAGCGCUCAAUAUUUCCUUCAGCUUGCUGGUUAUUUAGGAAUCCCUGUCAUAAGUUGGAAUGCUGAUAAUUCGGGACUCGAACGUCGUGCUUCACAAUCAACUUUGCAGCUUCAAUUAGCGCCAUCAAUUGAACAUCAAGCUGCAGCUAUGUUGAGUAUUCUAGAACGUUAUAAAUGGCAUCAAUUUUCAUUAGUGACAUCACAAAUCGCUGGUCAUGAUGAUUUCGUACAAGCUGUUCGUGAACAUGUCGUCGAUAUUCAAGAUCGAUUCAAAUUCACAAUUCUCAAUUCGAUUAUUGUGACACGUCCAAGCGAUUUAGUUGAUUUGGUGAAUAGUGAAGCACGUGUUAUGUUACUUUACUGUACGAAGAGUGAAGCUAUUGAUAUUCUGAAAGCUGCUAAGGAACUUCACAUCACGGGGGAAAACUACGUUUGGGUCGUGACACAAUCAGUGAUUGAAAAUAAUCAACCACAUUCACAAUUUCCUGUCGGCAUGUUAGGUGUUCAUUUUGACACGACAUCAGCAAGCUUAGUCAAUGAAAUCUCGACAGCUAUCAAAGUUUAUGCAUCUGGUGUUGAAUAUUUUCUGAAUGAUCCAAGUAAUCGAGGAAAGAAAUUGAAUACCCAUGGCUUGUCAUGCGAAGAUGAAGGAAGGGGACGAUGGGAUACCGGAGAAAUCUUCUUCCGUUACCUUCGAAAUGUAUCAAUCGAAGGUGAAACAAACAAACCAAAUAUCGAAUUUACAACCGACGGUGAUUUGAAAUCAGCGGAAUUGAAAAUUAUGAAUCUUAGGCCGAGUGUUAACAGUAAAGGAAUUGUAUGGGAAGAAAUUGGUGUAUGGAAAUCAUGGCCGACACAUUCGCAGCAAAAGUUGGACAUUAGAGAUAUUUAUUGGCCGGGAAAUUCUCAUGCACCACCUCAAGGUGUUCCUGAAAAGUUUCAUUUAAAGAUUACAUUCUUGGAAGAAGCUCCUUACAUUAACUUAUCACCAGCAGAUCCCAUUUCUGGGAAAUGUUUGAUGGAUCGUGGGGUUUUAUGUCGUGUAGCUGCUGAUCCCGACAUAACUGAUAUCGAUCAAUCUCAUAAAAAUGGUUCAUUCCAUCAAUGUUGUUCAGGUUUUUGUAUAGAUUUGCUUGAAAAGUUUGCGGAAGAACUUGGAUUUACUUAUGAAUUGGUGCGCGUUGAAGAUGGUCGAUGGGGAACUUUGGAGAAUGGAAAAUGGAAUGGAUUGAUAGCUGAACUUGUUAAUCGUAAAACUGACAUGGUUUUGACGUCUCUCAUGAUAAAUGCAGAACGUGAAGCUGUUGUUGACUUUAGUGAACCAUUCAUGGAAACUGGAAUUGCGAUAGUUGUCGCAAAACGAACGGGAAUCAUCUCACCAACAGCAUUUCUUGAACCUUUUGACACAGCAAGUUGGAUGUUGGUUGGAGUUGUGGCAAUUCAAGCUGCGACUUUCAUGAUUUUCUUAUUCGAAUUUCUCUCUCCAAGUGGAUUUGAUAUGAAGUUGACAGUUCAAACGAACUCCAACGGUGUUCUCCCUUAUCGUUUUUCACUAUUUAGAACUUAUUGGCUUGUAUGGGCCGUUUUGUUUCAAGCCGCAGUCCAUGUUGACUCCCCUAGAGGUUUCACAGCACGAUUUAUGACGAAUGUGUGGGCGAUGUUUGCUGUUGUUUUUCUUGCCAUUUAUACAGCUAACUUGGCAGCUUUCAUGAUAACAAGAGAAGAGUUUCAUGAAUUCACUGGACUUGAUGAUACAAGAUUGUCACGACCAUUCUCUCAUAAGCCUCCAAUUAAAUUUGGCACAAUUCCUUGGAGCCAUUCGGACUCAACAAUGGCAAAAUACUUUAAGGAAAUGCAUUACUACAUGAAGAAGUUUAAUAAGACUUCAAUCAAUGAAGGUGUUGCUGCUGUGUUGGCUGGCAAUCUCGACGCUUUUAUUUACGAUGGAACAGUUUUAGAUUAUCUCGUUCAACAAGACGAAGAUUGUCGAUUGUUGACGGUUGGACAAUGGUAUGCAAUGACGGGUUAUGGUUUGGCAUUCAGUAGAAACUCAAAAUAUGUUCAAAUGUUCAACAAGCGUUUACUUGAGUUUCGAGCCAAUGGAGAUCUUGAGAGAUUGAGACGAUAUUGGAUGACCGGCAAUUGUAGAUCAGGAAAACAAGAACAUAAAUCUUCAGAUCCUUUAGCACUAGAACAGUUCUUGUCAGCUUUUCUCCUAUUGAUGGCGGGAGUUUUGUUAGCUGCUCUUUUGUUGCUUCUCGAACAUCUUUACUUUAAAUAUUUUCGAGCACGUUUGGCAAAAAAAGAUCGUGGAGGUUGCUGUGCGUUAAUCUCGUUAUCAAUGGGGAAAUCUUUAACUUUUCGAGGUGCAGUUUAUGAAGCUCAAGAACUGAUUAAAAAUCAUCGUUGUCGUGAUCCACUUUGUGACACGCAUUUAUGGAAGGUUAAACAUGAACUUGAUAUGACAAGGUUGAGGGUAAGGCAAUUGGAGAAAGCGAUGGACUCACAUGGCUUAAAGCCACCUCAAAUCAGAUUAUCAUCAAUGUCAAAUCUCAUCGCUGAACGUAAGGAGAAGGCAAACAUUUUAGGAAAUCUGAGUUUAGGUGGCAGCGCUCAAGAUUUGUAUCGAUGGACAUACAAGACAGAAAUUGCUGAAAUGGAAACAGUUUUGUAAGAUUAGAUAUCAUGAAUUAGUGUAAUCCAAACCUAAAUUAGUGUAAUGAUUAAAGUUUAUAUUGAUAGUGUUAAAUGUCAAGAAGUGGUCGAUGAUGAGAUUGAUAAGUUUUUUUCUAUUCACUUCACUAUUCUCGCUUAUGUUGAAAAGAUAAUUAUUUUAAAAUAUUUUUAUAACAUUUUCAUUCUUUAAUCGACUAACUUCAGAAUUAAACUUUUUACCUUGAACAAGAAGAAAAUAACAGGAAUGCUGAUGUAGCAGUUUCGAUAGACAUGAAUCAAAACUAAUUGCAUUAAUCAAUUAAAUGUUACUUAAUUAUCGGAAUCAAUCAAUAUAUCAUAAAAAUUGUUAUCUACUUAGUUGCAUUGUUGAAG